GAUGUGGCACAACGUCGGGCUGACCCUGCUGGUGUUCGUGGCCACGCUGCUGAUCGUGCUGCUGCUGAUGGUGUGCGGUUGGUAUUUUGUUUGGCAUCUUUUUUUAUCAAAAUUCAAGUUUCUUCGGGAACUGGUGGGAGACACAGGAUCCCAGGAGGGAGAUCAUGAACCUUCAGGGUCUGAAACGGAAGAAGAUGCUUUAUCGUCUCCACACAGGAUCAGAUCUGCUCGCCAGAGGAGGGCACCUGCUGACGAGGGCCACUGACCCCAGCCGUGGUCCUGUGUUAGUUCCUGACGAAAGGCACUGGGAGUUUCUCUUUCUAAUGACCUGGCUUUGCAAUUUGCUGAAAGUUUGAAGGACAUUCGUUCUUGGAUUUUAAGUCCAAUUCAAAAAAAGAUUGGCAUGUAAGCCAUAUGAAAAUAAAGGGAAUUAAACCAAAUUGGACGAUUGCCAAUUUCAUCAUAAAGAUAAUAUCCUGAUUGUAUACUUCUGCGCCUGCACUUGCUCUGGCGCUUAUUUUCUCGCACUGGUGUUAAUCUGGUAAACAGAACAGGCUUGAACAACCAUAUUUUGUUAGUUCUGUGCUGUGCCCCUCACCCCCCUUUUUCCUUUGUCUGAAAUCAGGCCGCGCCUCACGACCACCGCCAGCCAGGCAGCAGUCACGACACGGUUCUCCUCACCUGCACGUGUGUGAGCUUGCCAGGCGUCAUUGCUGUAGCGUUGAUGUCGCAUGUGUCGGGUUUAAUUGACUUUUAAAAAUGUCUUCAGAAAGAUUACACUAUGACUCAGCAUUGAAACGAAAAGUUACCUUGUAUGUAGAAAAGCAUGGGAACAGGGCAGCUGGGUAUACAUGUGACAUCAGUGAAGCAAAUAUCCGUCGCUGGAGGAGUGACCGAAACUCCCUAUUUUCUUGUAAAGAAACGACAGAGUGCUUUACGGGACUGAAGAAAGGAAGAUACCCACAGGCAGGCGAAGCGGUACUGCAUUUUGUCAGGGAGACACGAGCCAAAGGACUGCCAAUCACACGCCAAGCAGUGCAGCUGAAGGCGGGAGAAAUUGCCAAAACCCUCGGAAUAGAUGAAGCAAAAUUCAGAGCAAUGAGAGGCUGGUAUGAUCGACUCAUGCUUCAAGCAGGACUGUCGUUAAGGCGUCAAACAUCGUUUUGGCCAAAGCGUCCUGCUGACAUUCAGCAGAAGACAUGGCAGAGCACUGUUGUAAGAGGUGCUGUGUCACCAGUGCUCUUGGUGACACCAAGGGUGCUGUGGUCUGGAGGAGUGCAGACAUCCGUGGCUGUGGUCUGAGUGAUUCAGAAGUUACAGUUAUAACUUAACCAACUUCUUUCGUACGCUUUCUUGACGUAUGCACAAGACUGACGUGAUCAAACUCUGCUUAACUCUAAAAGCUCUGUUUCAGUAAAUAUAGAAUAAACAUUCUACAGGCUACAAAGGCAUUGUGUCAUAGUUUAAUUGCCUGUGUUUUUUCUUAGACAUAUGGUGCAUCUUACAAUUGAUGGUAUCUUAGGUUAGACCCCCAAAAUAGUCUGUAAAUUUAUUUUUCUUUCUAGGAGAGCAGUAAUUUAUUGGGGAACUCAGUUCUGAUUCUUAUACUGUUAAAAUAGUUAUCCUCUGUGAGAUAACAUUUUGGGGGCACCCUAUUCAGGACUGUAGAGUAGGAAUUUGGGAAUCCAGGAGCUGUCUUCUUGAAGAAGAGAAAGAUUGGUCACUCCUUUUGUACAGGGGGACUUCACGCCCAAGGCAUGCGUUGUGGAGGAAAUACUUCACAGACAGUUCCGUGACAAGGCCUCAGAGGUACUGGGUACUGAGGGAAAAAAUGAAAGAGUGGGUGAAAAUGCCUGCUUUACUAUCAAGUGAUUCUUGCCAGGUUCCCAUGUUUGUCGUCGCUGAACUUUGGACUGGGCGUUUACUGGGAAAGAACCUUCCUGUUUAGUGUCUCCUGCUUUAUACAAGAACGAAUGGCAAAGCCAGCUGAUGUUAUUCAUCCAAGUUCUUUUUAUGUUUUAAACCUUUGUUUCUCAAGAACUAGCCAUUACGGAAUAUCACCUCUAUGAUAAGUUGGUGUGUGAUUUUGUUUGAUACCUCAUACUCCACGCCGAUGGUUUUGUCUGUUGAUUAACCGUUCACUUGCUCUGCCCCAAGGGGAUGGACACCUCUGGUGUCAUUGUAGCCCUUUGGAUGUAUUAAAAGGGAAUUUAUGUAUAGGGCAUGACUUUACUUUUAAAUAUUUGCUGGGGGAGGUCCCCGGCAGCUGAGAGUGGGCAGUCUUGCUGUCUUCGUUCUCUUACUGGAUGCAGUGUUCUGUUUUUAUGUGAUUAUACUGAUUAACAGAGCAGUGACACAAGUUUCGAGCGUCGAUUUUGAUGCUUCGUACUAGUUAAAUAUCACAUGAAAAUGCUCAUCAGUUAGAAGAAAAAAUCUUUCUGUGUACUGGGAGGAUAUUUGAAUUAGCUCUUUCGUAGUCAGAUAUUUUGAGCCGUGGAGCCCGCUUUGUAGUGGAUGUCUUAGGUUUAGAUAAACUAAGCAGGCCAGUGAACCUCCUACUGUGUCAGUAUUGAGAAUGAUGGUUGAUAUAACCCCCCAAGUCUGCAAGGGUCAUCUACAAAUUAAUCCAUGUAAAGGUGUACAUGUUGGCAUUAUUUAUGAAUAUUUAUGCUUCAUGGAUGUCUUUUUAAAGAGUAUUUUAAGGAAUGUUCUGCUUAACUUGCUUGGGAAAUAUACCCAGAGCAUAUUAAUAGCUUACACUAUACCGUGUUUUAACUCUUAGAAAAGUAGAAAUAAAUCACUGAUGGCCAAUCUGAAAAUUUUACACACUUUGUUUAAAGUGUUUUUCCGCCCUGCACUCGUCUUCCUCCAGUACCUCACAUAGUGCAUAUUUCUGAGGCCAGUAAGAGAGGCAAGAGAAAUGGUUGUUAACACAAAUACUUGUGUGGUAGCGUUUCUGUUCUUUUUCCUGUUGCAGUGCUUUUGUAGCUGACCUUAUCAGAACUCGGCAUAAGUGCGUUUUCAGUUUCUUAGUAGGAAAUGGUCUGGCCUGUGGUCUAUUUGAAAGCUUAGAAGGUUCUGAGCAUUAAAAACACAAGUAUUAGUCUUGUCUGAGUACUCGCAAACGUGAUGGUGAUGGUGAUCAAGGAUGCCAUCUUUUGAGGAUUAAUUCUAAUUAAUCUGGUGGGUGCUUUUAUUUCCUUCCCAACCAACUGUUUCCAAAUCUUUUUCUUCUUUUGCCUUUUGUGAAACUUGCCUGUGUCAGAUUUAUUGGUAGCAUUGCUGAUUUCAAGGCCAAAAACACUAAAUAUUUGUAUGGCACUGUUAAAUAAGUUUUUUGAUAUUUACAUAAAGCUAAAAACAGAAUUCAUCCAGUGGAUUUUGUAGUGAUGUUUUCAUGGUGGAAACAUAAAUAUGUCGUUCUGUGGUGGAUAGCCAAUUUUCCAGGCAUGCUGACCCAUUUCUUUAGAUGCUAUCAGAUUUAAAAACAGCUUCAAAUUAUUUUGCUGGAAGUUGGGAAUAUCUUAAGGAAUGGUUUCAUAAAGUAGGGCAUUUUAAACCAAAACGUGUUGAAAGAUUGGAAAGUAGUGCAUUUUUACUUAAUUUUUGAAAUUAUUUCAAGUUAACAAUACAGUGUUUUUAAAGUCAGUUUUUCUUAAAAGGUAUGUUUUAAUGUAACAUGUAACCAACGUAACUUUAGCUUUUGACUGGUAAGCUUCCAGUGCUUUUAUAUUUCAGGUUGACUUUAAAAAGCCAAUGAGCAGUUUUCAAAGGUUAUGGAUUCCUAAGCAAAUAGUGGGAAUAGUAUUUUGUUAUGGAGUCUAGAAUUAAAGCACCUUGUAUUGUCUACAUUUAAAGUAUUCUAUAGUUUUUAACUUAAAGCCUAAAGAGAACAUUUUAUCUUAUAUUAAUAAAAAUUACCUUUUCCAUUUGUUACUAUACACCUGCUGCCUGUUUUAUGACCAGUGUUUACCCUCCAAGUCAGUUCUAUGCAUAACCGUUCACCAAAUACUGCUGCUCUGGUUUCUUAAAGGAAACAUUCUGUGCUAUGCUAUGAUAUUUUGUCACCUCGCUGCUUGACAAAUAGGUUUAUAAGGAGUUAGAACUAUGUGUGUUAACAGUACCUUUCUAUAACCAGAUGUAAAAUUAGAGAUGAAUGUAUGUACAUGAUUAUUCACUGUUACUGUUUUAAAACUGGUCAACACUAUAUCUAAAGCUUCUGUGGUUUGUGUGAUGUUUUAACUUUCACUCUAAACUGCACAGAAUAAAUGAAAAUGGAAACAGAA